UAUGUGAUCAUGAUCCUCAUAACUGGACUUCCCAUGUGGAUGGUCCUUUACGGUUCAACAGUAGCUCUUGGGAUUGCUAAUUUUGCAUCGUUCAGCGAAACAUUCCCAUAUCCAAACAGCGCAUUUGGGUAUACUGCAAUGACACUUGCGCCCUUCACAUACCCAAUAAUGACAGGGUGCUUGCUAUCACCUCCUUUUUUUUCAUUCCUUAUCAACAAACGCCGCCGACACCGAGUUGAUUUUCCGGCGAGGUACUUCAGCUCAGUUCAGUAGCUAUCGUGAUGAUGCUGAUGCGUGAAGUAGUCAAGAGGUAUUUAAACUGUGUUGGCUGGGAUCAGCGCUCUCUCCUUCCAAAUUUCCCCCAAACUUUUGUGUCUAGUUUGCUUUCCACCUUAUGUCAGAUUUGAGUUUCGGUCCCUUUGUUCAGUUGAAUUGUGAAUUGUGUUUUCCACU